AUAGACACAAUCUCUUUAUUCGCAUUCAUUCUUCCUCUGUUUAAUAUACUUGCUUGAUAUCCUCCCCCCGUCAUCUCAACUCUCCUUCUAAUGCAACCACGACGAUUACAACGAAGACCCUCCAGUCGGUCUCGUUUUAGGGAAUCUUCCAGUACUUUGCAUCGACUGCCCCCGAACUUACGUGCAAAAGUGCUGGAAACUUAUACCAUGAUCAAAGAAUAUGACACAGAAACAGGAAAUAAAAUAAUAAACGAUUAUUUGAUCUUGGAGGAGAUCGGUCGUGGCACCUAUGGCAAAGUCAAAUUGGCUCAAGACUUGCGAACAAACGAGCUUGUGGUAAGGCAGCAGAGCGGGUUGGGGUUGUUGGGAGCCGCUUGAUUUGACACUGGGGUAUUUUUUAGGCUGUCAAAAUUGUCGAACGACAUUCUAGGCGGAAACACUUGGAAAUGAAUCGAUCCAGCCAAGACCGUUCACGAGAGGUCAAGUCAGGUCUUCCCUCCAAUCAAGGCAAUAUUCUAAAAAUACAACGAGAAAUUGCAAUAUGGAAGCUCUGCUUUCACCCCAAUGUAGUCAAAUUAAUUGAAGUCAUUGACGACCCCUCAAGCAAGAAAAUCUAUCUGA